AUGGCAGAACAACCUUUCAAGAUCGCUGUGUCCGACGAGCGCAUCGCCAUCCUCAAACAAAAGCUGGCGUUGGCUGUGUUCCCUGAUGAACUCGAAGGUGCAGGGUGGAACUACGGCGUGCCGCUUGGAGACCUUCAGCGCCUCGUUGCUCGAUGGAAAGAAGGCUAUGACUGGAGGAAAUACGAGGCCCAGCUCAACGACGAACUCCCACAGUUUACAAGGGACGUUGAAAUUGAGGGAUUCGGCACUUUGAAUAUACACUACGUCCACAAGAAGAGCCAGAUCGUCGACGCUAUUCCGUUACUCUUCGUUCAUGGAUGGCCGGGAAGUUUCUAUGAAGUGAAGAAGAUACUCCCUCUCCUCGUUGAGCCUUCAUCGCCGGACCAUCCCAGUUUCCAUGUCAUCGCAUUCAGUCUACCCGGUUAUGGUUUCUCUCAAGCUCCCAAGAAACCAGGGUUCGCGAUUAAGCAGUAUGCGGAGAUCGGCAAUAAACUAAUGCUGGCCUUGGGGUACGAUGAAUAUGUCACGCAGGGAGGAGACUGGGGAUAUGCGAUCACGCGGAAAAUAGCUGAAAUCUACGGGCAUAAGCACAGCAAAGCAUGGCAUACGAAUGUACAAAUGGCUACCCCACCCCAUCCAAUUCAUCGGCCUUUACUCUUUCUGUCCCAUCUCUUUUCCGGCUACACUCCCGCCGAGAAAGCAGGCCUUGAAAGAACAAAAUGGUUUUCUGAGAACGGAAGAGGCUACUUUGUUGAACAGUCAACGCAACCGCAGACACUUGGCUAUAGUCUCUCGGAUUCGCCUUCCGGGUUGGUGGCUUGGAUAUAUGAAAAACUCGUCACCUGGACCGAUAGUUACCCAUGGGAUGACGAUGAAGUCCUGACGUGGAUCUCUAUCUAUUGGUUCUCCCGUGCAGGCCCAACAGCGUCUCUUCGAAUCUAUUAUGAAUUGUUCAAAGGAAACAGUAAUCCGUUUGCGAGUACGGAGCGUACGACAAUCCCUAUGGGAUACUCCUACUUUCCGAAAGAGCUUUUUGUCUUACCCAGGAGAUGGUUAAAGGCACCAAAUCUGGUAUUCGAGUCAGAACACGAGCGAGGCGGUCAUUUCGCGGCCCACGAGCAGCCAAAGGAGCUCGUCGAUGACCUUCGAAAAAUGUUUGGAAAGGGUGGGCCCGCCUUCGGUGUUGUGCCCGGCUCACAAACGGGUCAACUACUUUACAAACUCACCACCCAUGGCCGAACAACCCUUCAAGAUCACUGUGCCAGACGAAGCAUCGAACUCCUGAAGCAGAAGUUAGCCUUGACCACGUUCCCUGACGAAAUGCAGGAUGCUGGAAGCGAUUAUGGUGCCCCUCUUGCAGACGUUCGUCGGCUUGUUGCUCGCUGGAAAGAUAGCUACGACUGGAGGAGGUAUGAGGCUCAGCUCAAUGACGAACUUCCCCAGUUCCUUAGGGACAUCGAAGUGGACGGUUUUGGAUCGCUGAAUAUACACUACGUGCACAAGAGAAGCCAAGUAGUUGAUGCGGUCCCUCCACUCUUUGUCCACGGAUGGCCGGGAAGUUUCCUCGAAAUUAGAAAAAUGCUGCCGCUACUUCUAGAGUCUUCGCCUGAUUACCCAAGUUUCCAUGUUGUCGCCUUUAGUCUGCCCGGCUUCGGCUUUUCUGAGGCUCCAAUCAAGCAAGGGUUUGAACUUAAGCAGUGCGCAGAGAUUGGUCAUAAGCUAAUGCUCGCUCUAGGCUACAACGAGUAUAGUGAUGCAAUCACGCAAGGUGGAGACGGGGGAUACAUGAUCGCGCGUAAAAUGGCGCAACUCUACGGAGAGAAGCAUAGCAAAGCCUGGCAUUCCAACUGUGCUGUGUCCUCUCCGCCGCAUCCUAUUCACGGGCCGUUGCUUUUCCUAUCGCACCUUCUUUUAAAGUAUACUCCGGAGGAAUACGAAGGUCUCAAGAGAGUUGAAUGGUACCAAAACACUCAGGCCGGGUUCUACAUGCUUCAGGCAACGAAACCACAAACCCUAGGGUAUGGCCUGGCAGACUCACCGGCUGGACCCUUGGGGUGGAUAUACGAAAAACUUGUGGCAUGGACCGAUAACUACGCUUGGGAAGAUGAUGAAGUUCUCACCUGGACCUCCGUCUAUUGGUUUUCCAGAGCCGGACCUCUGCUUCUAUUCGUCUUUAUUAUGAAGUGA